AUGCUAAUGGUGGGAUUGCGUUCAGUGGAAUACAACUUGGCCAUCAAGGAUUCAGUGGUGCUCAAGUGCGCCAAGGAUUCAAUGCAACUUGUGAAGACUGGCUAUUACGAUACGUUGAAUGUCUUCCGCGAUGCUAUCAAGGGAAAGGAUGAGAAAGGCAAUAAUGUCUAUCUUAUCCCAUGUCCUGCUGGCAUAACAAAUGUCAAACUUCAAGCCAACUGGCACUAUGCUAGUGAAGAUGAAGAUUUGCCUGAUCUUGCUACCAAAGCAGAUGGAGGUCUGCAGUUUAUUCAAAGCCACAGAAGAGAAAGAGAUCCAUUUGGAUUGUGA